UUCUUUUCUUAUUUUCUCACAGCAAUAAAGAUUUCAAUUUUUCUUUCUGUUAAUCCUAAGAUGUCUGUCAAGUCUCUCAUAAUUACUGGAUUUAUCAAUCCUUUGAAACCCACUGCUUCUUCUUCAAGCUCUGGGAGUAGUAGCAGCCUCUCUUUAGUUAAGAAACCACUCACUUCUUCCUUAUUCAAUGGCGUAGUGGCUGCCCUAAAAGUUACCAGCACAAGGACCCUUCCAGGAAGAUCUCAUUGUCAUAGACAAGGUGGAGGCGCUCUUGGUACACGCAUGAACCUUUUUGAUCGAUUUGCUAGAGUUGUUAAGUCAUAUGCAAAUUCAAUCUUAAGUUCCUUUGAAGACCCUGAGAAAAUUUUGGAUCAAGCUGUGCUCGAAAUGAAUAAUGACUUAGUGAAGAUGAGACAGGCCACUGCACAAGUAUUAGCGUCUCAAAAGCGGUUGGAAAACAAGUACAAUGCUGCACAACAGGCUUCUGAAGAGUGGUACCGCAAAGCACAGUUGGCUCUGCAGAUAGGAGAGGAGGAUCUUGCACGUGAAGCCUUCAAGAGGCGUAAAUCUCUUGCUGAUAAUGCUAAUUCAUUGAAAGCUCAGCUUGAUCAACAGAAAAGUGUUGUUGAUAAUCUCGUCUCUAACACGCGACUUUUGGAGAGCAAGAUACAAGAGGCAAAGUCAAAGAAAGACACUUUGAAAGCUCGUGCUCAGUCUGCAAGAACUGCAACUAAAGUCAAGGAGAUGGUGGGAGAUGUCAACACUGGCAGUGCUUUAGCAGCUUUUGAGAAGAUGGAAGAGAAAACACAGCCUAUUUUUAUAGGCUAUAGAUUACAAGUUAGAGUCCUACGAGAUUCAUCAGGUAAGAGCUUGAAAUUCAGCCUCUACAUUGCUUUAAACCACAGACUGCUUUUUGCUUCUCCAUAUGUUCGGACAAGGCAAGGUGAAGAACAUGCUCCUUCUGGAGUGCAUGUACAAGACCAAGACAUUUUCUUCAAAACGUUGGACUGUAUUCUAAAGCGUUUCCAACCUCAUGUUCCUUCUACUCAGAGAAUGAAUAUAGCAAAUGAGUUAAAGGGAUUAGGAGCUCAUGAGUUCAAAGGUGAAACCAAUGAAGGUCCUGUUGCUGAGGUAGUUAAUCGUGCUAAAGCUGUAGAGAUAGCUCAUAAUGAAUGGUUUAGGGAGAAAAAAGCCCAACCUUCUAAAAAAAUUGGGGCUUCAUCAAGUUCUGCACCACCCAAGAGAAGUAGAGAUUCUGGUUUUCGAUCUCAGACGAGGUCUAAGUUAGUGGAAUUCUCUAUUAGAGGAUCAAAUCAGAUGAGAGCUAGACAGACUCAAUCAGUGGGGUCUGGACAUUACAUGAGGGAUUAUCUAUUGAGGGCCGAAGAACCUGCACAGUCAAAGCGAUCUGGUUUGAUGUCUCAUAGAAGAAGGAUAAGGGGUAGAGGAAGAAGUCAGCCCGAAUUCUCUACUCAAAAAUAA